AUGGCUAGCCAGGGAGCUUCCCCAGGCAAGAUAUCCCUGCCAAACUGUAUGUCCGCAAAUAGCCUCCUGUCCCACACCACACCCGUCCAUUGUUACCCUGGGAUAGUGCGCACCUACUGCGCGCACUAUAGGGCGUCAAACAGGCAGGAAAAUAUCAUGAUAAAAGAUUUAAAGCUUAUAUUCGGCAUAAUCUCCACAAUUGUAGUGAUAUUAACAUCGGUUUCCAUAGAGAUUAAGGACGAUGAGCAGCACCUACAGCACCGACACUACGGGCCCGACACUGACCGUAAGGACUGGUAUCCGUUGGGCCGGGAUUUGAAUAAAUUUCAGCACCGCUUACGCCGUGCGACACAACUAUUGAUGUUUAAAGCGAGUGACGAAAGGGACUCAAAAUAUCACAAAAAUGCCGAUAAAGUGGUCAAAGUGGUCAAAGAGGUCACCAAAGAGAUCAAGGAUUUGAAUAGAAAUACGAAAGUGUAUAAACAGCCGGGUAUUAAGCAAAAAAGUAAUUAUUGUGCUAAGGUGGUUCAGUGA